AUGGCAAGAGAUGCCAGUCUAAUAGAAGCCAAUGGAGAGCUAAAGGUCUUUAUAGACCAGAAUCUUAGUCCUGGAAAAGGUGUGGUAUCAUUAGUAGCAGUUCAUCCUUCAACCGUAAACUCCCUUGGAAAGCAACUCUUGCCAAAAACUUUUGGACAGUCCAAUGUCAACAUUGCACAGCAAGUGGUAAUUGGUACACCUCAGAGACCUGCAGCGCCAAAUACUAUCCUGGUAGGAAGUCCACACACCCCUAACACACACUUUGUAUCACAGAACCAGGCUUCAGACUCCUCACCUUGGUCUGCUGGGAAAUGCAACAGAAAAGGAGAGAAGAAUGGCAAGGGCCUGAGGCAUUUUUCAUUGAAGGUUUGUGAGAAGGUUCAGAGGAAAGGAAUCACUUCCUAUAAGGAAGUGGCAGAUGAAUUGAUCGCGGAGUUCAGUGCUGCUGAUAGCCAUAUUUUACCAAAUGAAUCAGCUUAUGACCAGAAGAAUGUAAGACGACGGGUCUACAAUGCCUUAAAUGUCUUAAUGGCCAUGAACAUUAUCUCCAAGGAGAAGAAAGAAAUCAAAUGGAUUGGUCUGCCUACAAACUCGGCUCAGGAAUGUCAGAAUUUAGAGGUAGAGAGACAGAGAAGACUUGAAAGAAUAAAACAGAAACAGUCUCAACUUCAAGAACUUAUUCUACAGCAAAUUGCCUUCAAGAAUUUGGUGCAGAGAAACCGCCAAGCAGAGCAGCAAGCGAACCGGCCGCCUCCCUGCAACUCCGUCAUCCACCUCCCGUUCAUCCUUGUGAACACCAGCAAGAAGACAGUGAUCGACUGCAGUAUUUCUAACGACAAAUUUGAGUAUCUGUUUAAUUUUGACAACACGUUUGAAAUCCACGAUGACAUAGAAGUAUUAAAGCGAAUGGGAAUGGCUUGUGGAUUAGAAUCAGGAAGCUGUUCGGCCGAAGACCUUAAAAUGGCAAGAAGUUUGGUACCUAAAGCUCUGGAACCUUAUGUGACAGAAAUGGCUCAGGGAACAGUCAGUGGUGUAUCUGUCACACCAUCAGGUUCAACUUCAAAUGGCACAAAGCUUUCUGCCAGUGACUUGACCAAUGGUGCCGACGGGACAUUGGCCACAAGUUCCAGCGGGUCUCAGUACAGUGGCUCCAGGGUGGAGAUGCCCAUGUCUUAUGUUGGGGAAGAUGAUGAUGAUGAUGAUGAUGACUUUAAUGAAAAUGCUGAUGAAGACUGA